GUUUGUUUCUGUACAUCGCUCUCUAUUCUGGAGGCGGUUCUCCAGUGCUUCUUCGUCGUUGACUUUCGCCACAUUUCUCGGAGACUUGAUUGCGUGCCGCCCCAUUCUACGUCUUCUGACACUCCACCACUCAUUCACACCCACCCACCCCCUUCGUGGAGAGAACUAUCGAAAUUUGAGUGAACUGUGUCUGUUCUGACAAUGUGGACUUCAACCAUCUUGCUUUUCUUCGCCAGUAUGCUGCUUGUUAGUGCGCAAAAACCACAUUCAAAAGGAGCACCAGAAUUGAUGCAACCAUUGGUGUACGACAAUGACAAUAGCGAAAUGCUAGCUAAGGUUUCUGCACAAUUAAUGAAUGCUCUUGCAACUAUUGAGAACAUGCAAGAAGGUACUCCAAUCAAGAUGGCCGAGAAGCGGCGCAACAAGUUCGAAUUCAUCCGAUUUGGUCGAAAGUAAUACGGAAGUUCUUCUUCUCUCUCAACAUCGCCUAUGUGUCCGUUUGUAUGUGGUUAGAACUUGCAUUUCGACAACAGAACUCUGUUCCGCUCACUCUCCUGACACCGUACUUGCCCGUAUAAAUACAUGUUACGCUG